AUGCCAGCAGGCAAGAAUUGUUGUCAAAGGAACCAGAGCUCGAGGCUGGUCAGAAUUAGGAGACAGCGGACGCAAGAGAAAUUACAUGGGAGAGAAGCUCGCCUGUCGCAGGAUCGACUACGAGGCCAUAGCAGAGAUCUGGCGGCGCCUUGCCCCAUCCCAAAGCCUCCAGUCGGGCGUCGACGACGAUUGCGCAAGAGGCCAUGGAUCAGCUCGACACCCGCAGCCGUUCCUCUAGUUACGAAACUAGGCCCCAACUUCCUCUUCCAUCUCACUGUGCUCCCGGCAUGCAGCCUCCAGAAAGACCAUGGAACGUUGUUUGGCUUGGAGCAUGGACGAUUGGCUCGGACGGACAAUUUAACAACCACGGGUCAUGGCGGACCUGAUGGGGCAACGGAAGGAGGCGUGAAUAGAUCCCUGCUCAACGGCGCGAUAGUUUGCGCAAAGUAG